ACAGUACCUUUUAUGUCUAAUAUCAGAUAUGUUAUUCUGAGUAAUAAAUUAACUUAUCAAAAAAUUACACUUCAUCUACAACGCUAAUUAAAUAAACGGAAUUAAUGACCUUUGAUUAACGAUAAGUUAAACUGUUUGUAAUGAGAUUUUAUAUUUGAUGGGGACAUAAAAAGCCUAAAAUACCUGAAAAAACAACAAAAAGAAAAGAUUUCAGUGAUAGCUCUAAUGUUAUUGAUAAAGUAUACUAAAAAAAUAAAUUAAGUAAACCAAUUCUUCAUAGUAAUUCAAUCGUUGCUGCUGAAUAGAAAAGUUCACUUGGGCUUAAAAAAUGAAUACCAUAAUUGGUAUCAUUAAAUUUAUUGUUAUAUUCAAUUUGUGCGGUAAAAUCCUAACAUUGAAGAGUAACGAUGAAUGGACACUCAAUAUUGUGCAUACAAAUGACAUGCAUUCCAGAUUCGACGAAACUUCUCCGCGAACAUCGCCACGCUGUCGCGAACAAGAUGUAAGAGAAAAUAAUUGUUAUGGUGGAUUUGCGCGACUUGCAGCUCUUAUAAAGAAAGCAAGAUCAUCAUCAACCCCGACACUGUUUCUUAAUGCUGGUGACACUUAUCAAGGUUCCGCAUGGUUCGCUAAAUAUAAAUGGGAAGUUGUUGCACAUUUUUUGACGCUCUUAAAACCUGAUGCCAUCUGUUUAGGAAACCAUGAGUUCGAUAAAUUUCCAGCGGGUCUGGUUCCGUUUGUCAAGAAUGUCUCAUUUCCUGUUUUAGCAAGCAAUUUAAAUUUGAAAGAUGAACCAGAGUUAGGAGAAGCAGGAAUUCAGAACUCUGUUAUUCUUGAUGUUGGGAACCACAAAGUUGGUAUUGUUGGCUUUGUAACACCGGAAACUAAGACAUCGUCUAUUGGUACUGGCAACGUUAUAUUCUUGGACGAAAUCGAAUCCGUAAGACGUGAAGUUAAAAAAUUAAAGCAAAUAGGAGUAAACAUAAUAAUAGGACUCGGUCAUUCGGGUUACGAACGUGAAAAACGUAUUGCGAAAGCUGUCGAAGACCUAGAUCUGAUUAUUGGUGGCCAUACCAAUACAUUUUUAUACAAUGGACCACAGCCAGACUUGGAAGCUAUUGAAGGCCCUUAUCCGACUAUAGUUACUCAGCGAAAUGGUCGUAAAGUUUAUGUCGUGCAAGCUGGUGGCCACACUAAAUACCUGGGGAACUUGUCUAUUGUGUUCGACGGAAGAGGUGAAAUCAAAAGUAUCCAGGGAAAUCCCAUUCUAUUGGACCAUAGCGUUGAAAAAGAUGAAGAAAUGCUUAAGGAACUCGAUGCGUGGCGCCCAGAGUUCAAUACUUCUGAGUUGGGCCAAACAAAAGUAUUUUUAGAUGGUGACACUAAAGUUUGCCGUAGUUCCGAAUGUGUUCUUGGUAAUCUUAUUACUGACGCUAUGGUUGAUUACAAUGCAAAUAGGAUCAAUUACGUUGAUAAAUGGACUGAUGCAGCAAUAGCUAUUUUGAGUGGAGGAACGAUUAGAAGUUCAAUCGAGUCAUUACCUGGAGAAAUGGUACUCUAUGGAGAUAUAAAACAAGUUAUACCGUUUUCUAACCAAGUUGAGAAAUUAAAUUUAACUGGAGCCCAGCUUUUUCAAGUAUUAGAAAAUAGCGUUCGUAAUUUAAAAUAUAAUGACACUAGUAAUUUAUCCGGAGGUUUCUUACAACUUUCAGGAAUAAAAGUAACCUAUGACUUGAAAAAGAAAUCAGGAUCAAAAGUAAGACGUAGUUCAGUAUUAGUACGUUGUGCUGAUUGUGUAAUACCUCGUUAUGAAAAAGUGGACAUGAAUAAAAUUUAUACAGUACUUGGUCCCGAUUUUCUAUUGUCAGGCGGUGACAAAUAUGAUUUAUUCAAAAAUAUAACAAAAUCAUCCUUGAAUAUUGACCUCGCAGACGUUAUAGCUGGCUACAUAAAAUCGAAAAGCCCUAUACAGACCGAAAUUAAUGGAAGAAUAAACUUCAAAGUAAACGAUCCAUUACUUGAUGAUUUGAACAACCUGAUUAACGAGAGUCGAAACGAUUUGGGAAAAAUGCAAAGACACUGGCAAAAUACGAAUUUUCAAAAUGGAAGAUCUGUAAACUCUAGACGGUCUAAUGUUCAGAGCCGAAUGAGAUCAUUCAGAUAUUAAGAUGGCCCAAAAAAACCGACUAUUUGAGUCUCUUUGAAAAUUUAUUGGUUUAUGAUGUUUUAAGAAGCCUCUUCAAAAAUCAGCUUGAUAAAAAAGUUUCAAGUCUCUUGAGGUCGCUCACGAAUUUUUAAAAUACAAAAAAUGAAUUUUUUUAUUUCAGUGUCACUUAUGUAUCAUCUUGCGUCUUAAUAAACGUUAUUUUCCUUGCCUCUUCUUUUACUGCUGUAAAUUGUGGUAGUGUUAUUAAUAAUUUGAGUAUGUUGUUAUUUUAAUGUGUGGUUUAUUAAUUAUACGUCAAUUUGAUAUAAUAAAGGAUUUUGAAAUCUA